CACCACACACAGAGCACAGUCAACACCAAGAUCCAUCUCCACACCAAAUCGCCAGCGGAUAUGACCGAUCUCUCUGCUCAGGCCUUUGCUUCGCUACAAUGGCUUUUGCAGGGUUUGGUACGAUGACCGCCUCUUCGUCUGGUCCAUUUUUCUUUUCUUUUCUCCUUUGCUCGUCAUCUGCUCUGUCUUGCCGCAAAAAUCGACCCGGUUGCCAUCUCACAAAUUUGCAAAGACGUAGACCAGGUUAGACAAGUACAUAUGGGCCUCUCUUGUUGAGUUUCUCUUCUCCUCUCCUCACCAAAUUCCGCAACAAGCCAGGAUCAAACUCAACAGCUGAUCUCCGGCUCUAAUCCUUGACCAUAGAGUUUCCUUUCCUCACAGAGGAAUACAGUCCAUGACCUUCGAUCACUCCAACGAACAGCAAAUCUACCACGGAACUCCCCUGGGCCAACAGAGAUUGGCUCAGGACGCAAGCCGUUCAAACCGGGAUCCCGACCCGCUUCCGCCUGCACCACAUUCACCAUGCUCAACCCUCGAUAGGAGCAGGUCGGGUUCACUCUCACUCGGCCAGAACAUCGAGAAAGAGUCAUGGAAGGACAGUGACCAAACGCUGGGGGCCUUCACCUUUCCCUCUAGGGGAGAUGCAGAGGUAGCCGAGAAGCAGCCGGGUUGUAUGGCCGUCAGCGAGACCAAAGACGUUCACGAAAUCUCUGAAUUUCAACGUCCCGGUAUCGGGUCACGGCAGGCGACAUCUGCGGCACCAUCAAUCGCUGCAGCACCAUUCGCAUGCUCAUAUUCUUGUGGUCUCGAAAAAUCGCAUAGUCACGAUGCCUCGGGAAAGCCACGGCCCAGGUCAUCUUCUUCACUGUCAGCCAGCUCGAGAACCCCAACACUCCACGAGGUGCCCAGUGGAUUAGCCACCGCCAGUCGGGUUUCCACCGAUGCCUAUGGCAAUAGCUAUCCUGAAGGCGGCAAAGAGGCGUGGCUGUGUGUUUUUGGAUCGUUCUGUGGUUUGAUGAGUGCUCUGGGGAUGAUGAAUACGUUGGGAACAUACCAGGCCUAUCUUUCCACACAUCAGCUUCAAAACAUGAGCGAGAGCACCAUUGGCUGGAUUUUCGGCAUCUACGCUUUCCUCUCCUUCGUCCUGGGCAUCCAGAUUGGCCCAGUGUUCGAUGCCAAAGGGCCGCGGUGGUUGGUCCUUGCCGGGUCUGUUUUCAUGCUCGCCUCCCACCUCCUGAUGGGGGUGUGCACCGAGUACUGGCACUUCCUGAUUGUGAUUGGCAUCGUCGGGGGCCUUGGUACUUCGUUGGUUUUCACGCCCGCCAUUGCCGCGAUUGGCCACUUCUUCCUGAGGAAAAGAGGCCAGACCACGGGACUUGCUGCGGCUGGAGGAUCGAUGGGUGGGAUCCUGUUCCCACUGACACUCCAGGCAUUGUUUCCCAAGAUUGGCUGGGCAUGGUCGACUCGAGUCUGCGCCUUGAUCAAUCUGGUGCUCCUCAUCUUUGCGAAUCUGUUCAUCAGGUCACGCCUCCCGCCACGCAAGGCCACCAAGGAAAACAUUCUCCCGGACUUCCGCAUCUUCAGAGAUCCGGUCUUCGCGUUGACCACAGCAGGUGUCUUCUUCGUCGAAUGGGGCCUGUUCGUCCCACUUACCUAUCUGAGCAGUUAUGCCCUUAGCCACGGCGUCUCGACCUCAUUCGCGUACCAGAUCAUUGCUAUCUUGAAUGUCGGCUCCUGCUUUGGUCGAUAUUUUCCAGGAUUUGUGGCCGACAAAUUUGGCCGCUUCAAUGCCAUGGUUGUGACCAUCUUUUUGUGCCUCGUGUCGACGUUGGCGUUCUGGCUCCCGGCCAACGGAUCGAUUGCGUUGAUCAUCGUCUACGCCCUGAUCUUUGGCUUCGCCUCCGGUUCGGGCAUCUCGCUGACUCCGGUCUGCGUGGGUCAGCUGUGCAGAGUCGAGAACUAUGGACGAUAUUACGCCACGUGCUAUACUCUCGUGUCGUUUGGAUCCCUGACCGGCAUUCCGAUUGCGGGACAGUUGGUGACGGCGUGCCAAGGAGAAUACUGGGGGUUGAUUGCAUUUACUAGUUGUAGUUAUGCGGCGUCGCUGACCAUGUUGACGGCGGCAAGAGUGGUGGGUGCUGGAUGGAGUCUCAAGGUCGUGUAUUGAGUGGUCGGCCAUGGGAAGAUGAUAUGGUCGAAGCCCAGUCUAUAGAGAUAUAUCAGAAUAAGA